AUGGCUCAACAACCCACCACGCCGGGUGGUGGUGCGCCUUUGACCAACUCCAUCUUUGGGGUCCCGAGUUUGCCAACAGUCGCGCCGCCGCCGGUGCCUGGCUCGAACAACGUUGGCUCCCUUGUACAUGCAUCGACCGGCAAUGCAUCCCUAAGCGCCGCUCCCACGCCGGGCUCCGCAGCCUCCUCUUCCUCCGCCAAUACCUAUAUCAUGCCAAACUCUCCUGUCAAGAACCGACCCCUCGAAGGAUAUCGCCCCAAAGUCACUCGAACUCUGGGUCAGCGGCCGGCAUGCCUAGUAAAUGCGUCGGUUACGUAUUGCGGGAACAACCAGAUAUACGCUUUCGGCGGCUUCGACCAGUAUACGGACGAGGUGUACAACCAUGUCCUACGACUAGAUUUGGUCAGUCACCAGUGGUCCUUGGUUGACAAUUAUGGUGAUAUUCCAGGGGUCCGAAUGGGCCACACCGCUACAGUCUACCAGGGCGACAAGCUGCUUGUCUUUGGCGGCGAGAACGAGCAUAGAACGUAUCUGUCUGACCUAAUCGUCUUUGACUUGAAGACAGCCUUUUGGACUCAGCCCCAAGUGUCUGGCCCCAUCCCUAAAGGUCGGGCUAGACACGCCGCUGUCCUCCACGAAGACAAGCUAUUCGUGAUUGGCGGUAUCACGGGCCAAAAUAAUUAUGUGCUCGACGACAUAUGUUUCCUCGAUCUGAAAACGUUUACUUGGUCCAAGGCUUGGCGCUUUGUCGCUCGGUUCGAUCAUUCAGCUUAUAUUUGGAACGAUCGAGUUUGGGUUUUCGGCGGCCUGAGUGAAGACAUGGACAAGGUUAGCGACCUGUGGUGGUUGGAUUUCAAGGGCAGCCCCGAGUUUGACUCUCGACCCCAGAUUGGGACCCUCGACCGCCAGGACUCUAACAGCAGAAUGUCUGGAAGUCCUCGGCCACCUUACACUCUUGGCGCCCCCCUCCCCGCAGUGGGCACAUCAGGCUACGCAGCCAACUCUCGUACGGCUCAGGUCAAUACCCCGUCUUUUCAACUAAAGUCGUAUGCGCCCAGAGCACCAGGCUCAAUCUCGUCACUGAAAUUCAUUUCAGGCCCUGCCGUACCUUCUCAAGGCUCAGGCAUACAUUAUCACGCCUACUCGUCAGGGACGUUGUUAGAUUUCGUAACCCCCGCUGCUACCAUUACUCCGAGAGAGUGUUCGCUCUCUGCGUUGGACUUGACGUCGAUGAGAUGGCAGAAACUUGCCGAGGGUCGCGAGAUUUUCAAAUCGGGCUACCGAUGGCUCUAUUGUACUAUAAACGAAGAUGGUACCAAAGCCUGGCUUCUUGGAUGUCCUACUGACCCCACGGCAACUGACCUGGGUCCAAACGGUUACGAAGAAUAUCUAAGCGAUGUGAUGGAGAUUGACCUGAGAAGAUAUGGAUUCCUUGGCACUAAUCCGUCAGAGCCCCGAGCGGAGACCAGACCAUUACACAUCGCGAGGCGAGCAGAUGUCCCCUCGAAAGGCUUGGGUGGUGAUCUUGCGAAACUGUUCAAUCAACCUCCUGAAACUGGAAGCGGUACUGACUUCAUCAUCACGGCACUGGCUGGAGAGCAUGAUGAUGACGAUGCCAUGAGCCCUAGAAUGAUGGCAGAAGACUCGCAGGAGGGUCAUAGCUGGCUAGCACCCGAUGCACCUACCUCACAGCCCAUUCAUGUUCACAAACUCAUUCUCCAAGCACGGUGGCCGCAUUUUGCUCGUUUGUACAAUUCGCAAAUGGCGGAAUUCCACACAAAGAAAAUGCAUAUCCCCGAGCCAUAUUCAGUUGUCAAGGCCUUCCUCUAUUACCUGUACACCGACAAUAUUCCCGGCACUAAUGGUUCUGAUUCGGAGACUCCAACCGAGAUAACGGAUAUUGCCGGCCUCUUAGUUAUGUCAAACAUUUACAACAUCCCGCACCUUCGACUUGUUUGCGUCAACCGCCUCUCAAGAGAACUUGAUGUGGAGCAUGCUUGCAUCAUCUGGUACUGCGCUGGUCUUGCGAGCGAGGAGUGGCUCCGCAAACGCGCCGGGACCUUUUGUUUCACCCACUGGGGUCGCAUCGUCCGAACACAAGGGUUCCUCCGUCUACCACGCUCGGCCCUCGUGGAACUCUCCCAGGAGAUUGACAUGGAAGGUCGGAUCAUUGGAGGCGAGGAACUAGAGUGGGAUGGCAGUGGCGAUGCGCAACAAUCACUGCGCAAAUCAAGCAUCAGCAGCAAUCAGACUCAGAUGCUUGAGUCAGAAGUCGACGAAGAUGAUGGAAUGGAAAUGACUUGA